AUGGCUACGACACCAUCUGAGUGGUGCAAUAAUUGUGAGAUCUAUAGUAUCACACUUAAAAGAUACGAAAAACUUGUGCAACAAAAAAUACAACAACUCGCCGACAUUGAAGAAGAAGAUAUAUUAGUUCAAGAAAAGAUUCGCUUAACACAACAAGAUAUUCGGAACAUUCAACCGUACGAAAAUCAAGACCGAAAUGAAACGCAAGAUUUUAUGAAACACGUUCCUCAAAAUGACGACAUUAUCUCUAUGGACGAUAAUAAUGAUAUUGAUGAACUAUUGCGGGGUACAUCAAAGGCACUUCAAGCAGCAUUUAUUUCCAAUAUACCACGUUCACUUUCACAAGAAUCCUUGAGAACAACACUCGAAAGAGAAUUUGGAAAAGUGUUGGGAUUAACAUUUUGGGAAUACCACGCCCGACAGCCCUUACAAUUUCAAGAUGAAGAUGAUUGUUUAUGUCAUAUUGCACCUGUGGGAAUUCUAAAGAACAAAAGCAUCAUGUAUUUAGUUCAACGUUAA